CACAAACUUCCUUGUUUGAUACCAAGUCGAAAGGGUUUGUGAAGUCAUAAAUCAAUGGCAGACAUAAACAAGAUUUGGAUGUACUUAUGUGUAUUUGUUGUUGUUUUAAAAACCUAUUCUUCAACCGUUGUUCAAGAUGGAUUAGUAACUUGGUCCGUAGCCUCAGGUAGAUGUGGUAGUAGUGGCUUAGAAUUCAGGGAAAGCAUAUUCCUUAAGGAAUCGGGUGUGUUAACCAAUAAGACAUUCUGGUUAGGCAAGGCUAUUUACAGAAAAACGUCACACUGGAUGGAAAUUUUGGGUUGUUAUGACUCAUCUGUAACACCAUCUAAAACACCCAAAUUAUCUGGGAUUUCAUCAAUAGCGGAAUGUCAAAUUCAGUGUUCGUCUAGAUCAUAUUCACAUUUCGGAUACAAAUGUACCAAAGACGUGUGUCUUCCAGCGCAGAAGGACAUUGUACCACUUUAUACUGCAGUAAUGGAUACAAUAACCUGA